AUGUCCACUCCACGCCCACCAACCGACACCGUCGUCACCAGCGAGGAACUUCUGGCUCGUAAGGUGUGUGUUCUACAUGCAGCAACCGUUGUUGAAGACAGCGUGAAGGGAACUGUCACACCUCCUGAGGAUGCCGUGAAGAAGGGCCAUACUGUCAACGGGAACUACGACAGAUGCCUAGCCAACGCCUCCGUCAAAGCCGGCCUGGGUCUCGGGAUCGGGAUCGGGCUUUCGUUCCUGUUCUUCAAACGACGAGGCUGGCCCAUCGCGCUGUCGACGGGGUUUGGGCUGGGUGUGGCGUAUGAGCAGUGUGCGAGGACGUUCAGCCCGCACGCUACGCUGGUCAGAGUUCCUCGGCAGGCCGUAUGAGCAUGGCUUCCCUGUAGUCACCUACCCAUCAACACCUGAAACACAUUCAUUUAUUCCCGAGAGCCACAUCAGUAUCUGUAGUUGGGAUUCGAAAAGCGGGUCCCCGCUCCGGAGUGCGUUCUCGAAUACUAUCCAUCCCCGCCUCAUGGAAGGAACCUCCGCGCCGUAUGUAAUGUAUGUAAUGUAGAUAUACCACAAUGCAUA